AUGCCCCCACAGCGCUCCGCUCUUGCUGGGAACCAGUCUCCACCUCCGACCUCGGUCGCACGCAAACCACGCUGCCACAUCAAGGUCUCCCUACCCAGCGGUUGCUCUUUCAUCACUGCAGCCUGCACCGACUGCGGCUGGAUGCGGUCCCGAAGCCACCAUUUGUCACCACUGCGGCCACGGCCACAGCCACCAUCAUCUCUGACACCAUGGUUGGCGUCAACCUGGAGGCUGCACACAAGUGUUCGACGAUAUGUCUAUGAGGUAUAUCCUGAAAUCAUUGACAACAAUGCUGCUCUGCAGUGUAUCAAUGGACACGCCGUUCGGUGCCGCCCGGUGCAGAACAUGCUCGCCGAGAUGAACACGCUUUGCAAGUUCAGCAACUACGGCUGUGCGGAGAUCAUCAAGUUCGUUCAGAAGCGGACCCACGAGGAGAGCUGCCGCCACGCGCCGUACGGGUACGUGCCCCGUCGACGGCUGCAGCUACCGCGGCAUGAACAUGGGUCUGUACGAGCACGCCGGCGAUGUCUCCUCCGUCGCCUACCUCCAGGCCACCACGGUGGCGCUCCACAAGAGCGCGCCCUUCCGCCUGCUGGUGCAGGCCGACAGCCCGACAUGAGGAAGCUGUUCCUGCUGCGCAACGGCGGCGACAUCCAGGCGCUGGCGCGGCGCUCCCUGUACCUGGUCUGCCUCGGCCCGCGCCCGGAAGGGGACGUCGACAUCAAGUACAAGAUGGAGGUGCGCGGCGCGGAUGGAGAUGGAGGCGCGCUCUCGCUGUUGGGGACGGCGCCGUGCAUCCGCGAGCUCGAGGACUUGGAGGCCAACAAGUUCCUCUUCGUGCCGGAUGCGUACUGGGGGCCUUCCGCUAGUGUCUCCGUCAGCGUUCGAAUCGGUUGA